GGGAUUGGUCCUUGUUUGCCCAAAGUCGGCGUCGCAACCUGUAUUUCCACACUCUUGGUGUGCGUACUAAUCGGUACGACUACACUAGCAUGCUUCCCAAACAGCCACCUUCACAGUCGUCCGAGACAUGGUUGCCUCGCGGACCUUCCUCGGCUCAACAAGCCGCGUCUAAAAUGUCUCUUGGUGUGGUCCAUUUACCCCACAAGCGCAUUAUGGCAUGUCUCUACUAUACGAACCUAUCACCAGUUUUUACCUGUUCCCUUGGCCCAACAACUACCACAAUACUGCCUUAGGUCAAGGCAAGCACACUUGUAG